AUGCGAGAUACAAAAGAAUGGCGAGGGACAACAUCAACGAGUCGUGUAUUUGUACAGAAAGGAUAUCAGCUAUCAGAUGAGUUGGCACUUCGAAAAGUGCAAGUUCUGGAGAGGAGAUACGGUGGAACACAACUGGCUCAUAGAGCUGCGACGAUUAUUCAGAGGGCAUGGAGAGAUUAUUGCUUGAUGAAACAGUGGAUGGUGAUUAGGCAUAAACAUGAUACAAUACCAGACCAUCUCGAUGCAAGAUGCGGAGUGUCAAACAGUCAGCGGAACGAGCUAUCACUAACCAGCCGGUACGCCACAAGUCUCAGCGCUCAACUCCGAAUAGAUCGUGCCGCCCGUUCGAACACUGUUGAUCGGAGUCCACCGUCACCGGCGCCGCCAGUUCUAGCCAAUUUGCAGAAUUCAAAUAUGAUUGAUAGUCUAAUGUCACCCCGAUUGGGAAAUCGUCGAUUCGCCUCGUCGACAGCUCGUUGCGCACCCGCCGCCGCCGAGUUGGCGAGUACAGAAGUUUGGCUUCCGAGACCGUCACUGGUCAAUCACAAUCCGGCACACUCGAACUCGUUACCCAGAUUGGAUAAGCAUCGAGUUCAUGAACGCAGUGAAUCCAGCAACGGACGAAAGAAAUCAGAAGUGAAGCCACCUCGCCAAAUGACAGAUCAGGAGAGAAAACGGCAGUAUAGGAUAGCUCUCAACUUUUUCAAUAAAAAGCCAGAGCGAGGUGUCCAACUACUGACGGCGUGGGGUUUUGUGAAAAGCUCACCGGAUUCCCUUGCCAGUUUAUUAUUCGGACGACGAGGAUUGAGUAAAUCAAUGGUUGGAGAAUAUAUUGGCACACUUCAUUCACCGUAUCAUAGUCUUGUUUUGAAAUAUUUCACUGGAAUGAUUGAUAUUCGUGGACUGGAAGUAGACGUUGCUCUUCGUAAGGCAAUGCAAUUCUUUAUUCUUCCUAAGGAAGCUGAGAAAAUCGAUCGGAUUAUUCAAGCGUUCGCUCUUCAUUACUCCAAAUCAAAUCCGAAAAGAACAUCGAAUUUCCGCGGUGGAUGGGAUACGAUUCAUCUGUUAUCCUUUGCAAUUAUAAUGCUCAAUACAGAUUUACACUCGCCGAAUGUAAAACAGAGAAUGACUCAAGCGGAUUUUGUGAAGAAUUUGAGAGGUCAAGAUAAGAUAUCCGGAGAGAAAAAUGGGGAGGAUAUUGAUAGGAAAACGUUGGAAGGAAUUUAUGAUAGGAUAAAGAAGGAUGAGUUGAAAGCAGGAGAUGAUCAUGUUGCACAAGUACAGAGGGUGGAUCGAGCGAUUGUUGGGAAGGAUAAACCACGUCUUACUGAAACACCUCGCCGCCUCGUCUGCUAUUGUCGCCUCCAGCAAGUGUCUGACCCAACAAAACGACAAUCAUCAACAGCUCGGGAACGAGAUGUAUUUCUAUUCAAUGAUAUGAUUGUUGUGGCGAAAGGAGUUCGACGUGGAUCCACUUCAAUGGCUGGCUGCACGUAUACACUCAAACAAUGGACAGUCCUUCUCGGCGCUCAUGUCACGGAAUUCCAGCGAGGACAAUAUGAAUUCGGAUUGACCAUCACUUGCCCGAAUAAGGAUAAGAUUCAUUUCAACGCUCGGAAUUACGAAGAUCGGUGUCAUUUUGUGGCAGAUGUGACAGAAUCGAUACGAGAGGCGACUGAAAUGGAGCAAGUUAGACUGGAAAUGGAAAUGGAGCAUCAUACGACAAUCAGAUCGGAUAAUCAGAGAGAUAGUGGUCUUCCUGAUAUGGAUGAGUCUAUGAAACUCUCGAACGGCAGUAACAGCAGUGCCGGAUCCUCCAAUUCCUCGACAAACGGUGUGAAUGGAUCAUCGUUCCGUCGUCUCUCCUUCAAUUCAUUAGAUUCUGGAGUUGUCGAGGAGCAUCUCGAUGCUUGCUAA